GCGCCAUCUGCACCGCGACCCCCGCGUCCAAGCACUGUCUCGUUCGCGUUCAGUGUACGCGACGGCUGCUUUCCUCGUCUUCUCGGAUACUCUUCAUCGUCUCCCGUUGCUGCGCUGAACGGUCUUUAAUGCCCGGCAUGAACCGCGACGUGGAGGAGUUGCGGAUGGAUUCACCACGUCCAGAGACUCCGGAGCCAGCUACACGGCAGGGGCGCAGGAAUGGCGUUGAGGGGGUCCAGCUGCUGGACGAUGAUGGUGCUAUUUCAGUUCAGCUGGAAUUCUGUCUGAAGCACAUUUUCGCGAAGUACUGCACCCCACGGCCUCCGCCGCAGAAGUUUGCAGGGAUGCUUUCGCCACCUGAGGGGGCAUAUCUCUCGCCAGAAGGUUUGGAUACGUGGGCACGCGAUACGAAUGGCACGCCGUUCGAUGAGGCGACGAAGGAGGAACUGAUGGAGUUCCUGGACGUGACGGAAGAUGGCGGUCUUACCUUCAAGGGGUUCAUGCAGGUUUACCAGCUACAAACCGAGAACGAUGAAGAGGAAACUUGGAGAGACUUGUCCAGUCACGGAUUUGAUAGAACACUCAGAUUAGUGGCUACACGCAGAGAAGACAUGGACACGGACGGUCGCAAUACUCCGUAAGCCCUCGACUUGAUAUAAUGCGAACAAUUCUAAUUUGGCGUCAUGGUGGUGAUACAGAGUGCAAACAAAUGGCACCCAUUCAUCAUGAGGGUUGCUGCAUGCCAUGCAGUCCCAGUGCAUCAGCGAAAACAAGGAUCCGAGCGACGUCGCCGCCCGUUGCAACCUUGCAAUU